AUGGCCAUCGAAGCCCGAUCGUCGGCCCCCGAGGAAAGGGGAAGAGAGAGAAAGGAAACCUUCAGACGAGUAGCACUCAUCCUCAGCAUCAUCUUCUUGGUGGUCGGCGCCGUCGGUGCACCUCUCCUCACCCGCAUCUAUUUCUUGCAUGGUGGCUCCAGGGUUUGGGUGACGACCUUCGUCCAAUUCAUCGCCUUUCCCCUCGUUCUUCCUCUCCUCUACGCCUCCUACCUCCGCCGCUGGCAGCGAGGAGAGAGAAAGCUCGUCCAGCUCUCCGCCAAGGUCACGGCGGCGAGCGUGGGGAUCGGAAUCAUCGCCGCCGCUGACGCGUACCUGUACACCUACGGGUCAAUGUCCCUCCCCCUGUCCACCUCGACGUUGGUUUUCUCAACGCAGGUGGUCUUCACGGCGGUCUUCGCCUUCCUCCUGGUGAGGCAGAAGUUCACGGCUUUCUCGGUCAACGCCAUCGUCCUGCUCGUGAUCGGGGCGGUGCUGCUCGGUGUUCAGUCCAGCGGAGACCGCCCCCCCGGGGUGUCAGACAAGAAGUAUUACCUGAGUUUCUUCGCCAUGAUCGGCGCCGCCGUUCUUUACGGCUUGAUGAUGCCUCUGAUCCAGUGGACCUACUGGUGGUUCAAGCAGAAGGCGACCCUCACCACCGUGAUAGAGAUGCAGGUCAUCAUGUCCGUCUCCGGCAUCGUCUUCUCCGCCGUGGCCAUGAUAAUCAACAAGGACUUUCCGGUCAGCGCAGGCCCAUCUUCUUCCUCCUCCCCCCCCCCUUUUCUGUAUGAUCUACCCACCGCCAUUGACGAGGUUUUUUUGAGUUCUUGCAGGCCAUUAAAAGGGAGGCGGAGCAGAUUUACGAGCUAGGGGAAACCAAGUACUAUCUAGUUCUGGUGGGCGCCGCCCUCUUCUGGCAGAUGAUGACCUUGGGUUUCUUGGGGGUGAUCUGCUGCUCCUCCGGCCUCUUCGCCGGCGUGAUCAUCGCCAUGCUUCUGCCGGUGGGGGAGAUCAUGCCGGUGCUGCUGCUGGACGAGCAGUUCACCAGCGCCAAGGGGAUCGCCACGGCCUUGUGCUUCUGGGGCUUCCUCUCCUAUCUCUACGGCGAGCGGCAACAGACACAGGAGAAGCUGGCGCCACCGCCGGCCACCGCCGGCUUGGAGCUGAUGGCGCCUCGUGGCAGCGUCGUCCCCGCAGAAGCCACUCCCUGA